UCUUGCUCUAACGUCGCUCGCCGAGCACUCGGAAGGAAAAGCUUCUGCUGGGUGGAUUUGCCAACGAAGAUGUCGGCCAACCUAAAAGGAAGAGUGGCUAUUGUUACUGGCGCUGCACGAGGCAUUGGAGCUGCUAUUGCCGAGGCUUUGCUGCAAAACGGGUGCAAGGUUUGCAUCGCUGAUAUCCUUGAAGAUGAAGGAAACAAGGCAUGUGAAACGCUGAAAGAUCGAUAUGGAGAUGAAUCUGUCUGCUUUCGAGCCACUGAUGUCACUAAGCGGGACUCUUUUGAAGGCGUCUUCAAAGACAUCAUUAAGCACUGGGGCGGGGUGACCAUCUUGGCCCAUAACGCGGGUAUAGCUCGCGAGGAUGAAUAUGAACGUAUGAUCAGCAUCAACUUGGUAUCCUACGUUACGGCUGGACAUCUGGCUCUGCAGUACAUGGGGAAGGAUAAAGGAGGACAGGGAGGAAAUGUCGUUUUCACCGCUUCUAUUCUGGGUCUUAUUCCUUGUGAGAGGAUACCAGCUUACACAGCAAGCAAGUUUGGCGCUGUAGGGCUUGUCCAAUGUUUCUCGGGCAAAGUGUACGAGUCAAGCGGAGUGAGGUUUGCUGCCUUAUGUCCUGGUGUGACUGAUACACCCCUAGUAAAGCCACUCCUUUCCAAACACGAAUCUGGUGAACCGCACCUGUUGAGCUCGCUCAUGGACGUGAAGGGAAUGGAAGGUGUGAGCACAACGGAGCUGAUAGCCGGUGGAGCCAUUCAACUCCUGAAGGAUAACCGCAAUGGAGCAGCCCUGAUUGCGCACUGCAACCUGGAUGGACACUACCGCUACCUGAGCGAUUCGCACUUCGAUGCUGAUGCCAUCUUAGCAGCCACUACACCAGCAAACUCGUCUUAGAUGAACCGCUGAAGACGGCAGCGUGAUGCCCUUUCUUCUUCUUCUUUCUUUUCCUAGAAUAAAUAUAUGCGUCGUGAAUUUACGUUA